GUGGGCUAUUCACUUCUAGCUCCUCAUAUGAAGCUGCCAUUCUAUUUAGUCAUCAACAGUUUUCAUCAUAGCUAUCCUCACCUUACGAGUUAGCCCUCAUUCAGUGUAUGAUGUGCCUCUAGUUAGGACAUCUUUCAUGGAAUCUUGCAGCGCGGGCUGGCAAUGUCACUGGAAUAAGCGCUAUGCUUAUAUUUGUACAUCACUGAUAAACUGUCACCUCUAAUGCUUUCUCACACGCCUCAGCAUGGCCACUACUCAGACAUUACCCGCAUUUGAUCAUACCUCGAGCUUGGACUCGGGGAAUCCGUCACGCAGAAAAUCGCGACAGAAUGCAGCUACUGGUGCCUCUGCUGCGGGGGUGCGUGCUCUUAGUGCACAAUUGGUUGCAUUUUACUUCAGAGCACCUAUCAAGGCAUUUUUUCGCACCCGAGUUGAUUAUAUGGCCUUCGCUAGAGCUGUCAAUCCUCAUUCUGCGAAAACCGGUUGGUCUCUGCACACAACUACUCCGGGGUUACUUGUCCAUGCCGUUCGCACAUAUGGGUGGCGCUUCAUCCCUAAUCAAGUUAUGCCACCUCUCCUAGCGAAUGCUGGAAUUGGAGCCGUCCUUUACACGUCAUAUCUACAAGUCCUUGGCGCUUUGUACGAACCGGCGUCCCAAGGCAUCAAACGCGUAUAUCCACCUGCUCCCCCUUCAAACACAUUUGCAGCUGGGUUUAUAGCGGGUACAAUUCAGUCAGUAGUAGCCGCUCCUCUGGAUGCGCUUCAGGUCCGUCUCCGAGCGAGUGACUUGCUUGAGGGCCCAUACAAGAGCAUGUGGCAUUAUGGCCGCCAUAAACUCAAUCAAAUUGGAGUCCGUGGUAUAUUCGCAGGGUGGGGUUUAUCCUUCACUCGCGACGCUUUUGGUUAUGCAGUAUUUUUCUCUUUCUUCGAGUUCGUGAAGUCGCAGGCCUACUAUUCAUUUCUGACCUGGUACUACGGCUCACGGCGGACUCAUUACGCGGAACAGUUACAGCACAUCCAAUCGAGUGACCGCGGCGUACCGCUCAUAAGGCCACAUUAUGCUCUGGAGCCAUGUUUCUUGAUGGCUGCAGGUGUUGCAGCUUCAGUUGCUCAACAGAGUAUACAGCACCCGCUAAGUGCUAUCCAAAGUCUCCAUGUUGCUCGCCUGGAAUACAUUGACCAUCAAGCGAGUCUUCAUCCUUCAAGACGAGAAAUGCUACGCCUGUAUUACUCUGCAUACCAAGAAACCUUGAAGAGAUGCAGGAGAAAGGCAUCCAGAGCAGGUGGCUGGCGUCGUUGGCUGUUCCGUGGGUUUGCAAGGGACGCCAUCCGUCAAGUACCUAGCACUAGUGCAGGCUUGGUGAUAUUCGAGCUGGUGCGUCGUAAGUACGCUAAUAUGGCAGACGCUGUAUAUAUCCAGAAAGAUGGCUAUGACAUUCUUUUGACAUGAUAAAUAUGCUGGUUUAAUCAUUGCGCUUCCCCCAGGGGGAAGAAAAAGCCAUUGGCUAUCGAGAA